AUGAAUUUAAAUCAUCACCGGAAAAGAUCAACUUUCCAACAAGGUGGAGCAGGAGGCUUAAAGAGAAAAUUACCACCCUCAGAAGAUGGUGAUCAGUUGUUGGAUGUAUCAGAUACCUCAGAUUCCCAGUUCAUCAAGGGUAGUAAAGGCUCUUCCAGCUUUUCAAAUUCACCUUUAAAAGCAAUUAGACCAGGUAGAAGAAGGAAUGAUAUUAGAGAUUCUAUGGAUGCAAUUCCUGAAGAUCUCAAAACCAUGUUCUCUCAUAAUAAGAGCAAGGACGUCCCAAACUUGUCCUUAAAGCAUCCGUUCUCAAGGAAACCGCAAGUUCACGGAAUUUCAAACAAUCAGAUUCGUUAUGAUUCAAAUAGAAGUCCAUUAAGAAGAGAUUUUGAAGAAUCCAAUCAUCAACCAUUAGCAUACUCUGAGGACAAUAUUUUCCUUCCAAAUAGCGAUCAAUUUUCCAAGAACGAACACUUCUUCAUUCAGCCUUCUUCCUUCUCUCAGCCUCCCAAGAAAUUCUUCUUUCCUCCAUACAAUAGUAAGGGUGAUCAAGAACCUCAAUUCCCGCACUUGUUCUUGAGUGAUGAUCCGUACGGAGGCUUGCACGAUGAGCUUGAAACAGAAGAGACCAAUUCUGGAGACUUGACAUUCAAACCAGAAAUGACAAACAUGGGCUCAUUCAAUUUUUUCGGAAAGCAACCGUUUGGAUUGAAGAAUGAAGAGAGUUCAACCAAUUCAAAUCCGCAUUUUUCUUUUCAAUCAAUACCACGAGAGGAAUGUGACCUCUUCUCUCCACUGAAGAGUCGAAGAUCAACCGUCGAUCCAAACAGACCCAAUCAAGAAAGGCAACCUUUGUUCGGCGCAAACGACUUUGCUCUCAAAUGA